CCACAACACACAAUCCUCAGUAUAAAAUGAUGGAAUAGAGUUUAGAAAUCAGUGUCAAGGUGAAACCGGUGUCUACCUUAGUCUUUAGAAGUAAGCCUUCAGGAGCGAGGAAGAGGAAAGCCGUCCGCAGUACCAUCGAAACGGCAGAGAGCCGUAAGACGGCUGGGGCUCAGGAGAGGAGAGUCGUGGAGUCAGAGUAGCUAGUUGUCUGGACACGUGUUGGGGGCUGAUCCUCCCCUGUAAGGUCACCUAGAGGAGGGUGUAUGAUGCUGAAAGACUCUAACCAAAUUCUGUGACCCUAUGGGCGCUGCUGCACAUGUUCGCGAGGUUUCCGUUCACGUGCACGAGCACUCUACGCAUUUUACGGAAUGCAAUUUAACUGCGUGUUCUUGCACAUUAUAUAGGAGGCUACGAGAGUGGGUAUUUCUGAGCGCCGAAACACGUCGGCAGUGCUGUGUCUAAUUUCCCCGUUUGUUCGGGGGAAAGUAAAAUAAUUUUAUUUCGCUUUGUUUUAACUUAAAAUAAAAAGAAAAAAUUAUCUCCACUUUACAAUUUAAGCGAAAUUUCAAAGACAACUGGGAAAACAACACGAUAGUUCUGCUUCUCGGUUUCAUCUUACUUUAGGCUACCUAACUGCUGUCUCACAUUCUGGUACUUACACAACUCUUAGCAAAUCGGCUGAUGCAGCCAAUUUUGAGAUUCAUUAUAUACUGUAUUGUAGUGAACUGCAUUUGCUGUCACAAUUAAAAUUAGUGUCGCCACUCGUCUCGUAUAUCACGUGAUCGUCUCGUACUGGAACAUAAAAUGCUCCUUACCGUAUUAUACUGGACCAUCCCACGUAAAAAGGAACGGGUGGUAACCCUAUUUGCAAGUGUCAGUAAAUGUAGGACUGCUGGCAAUAGUAAGACGACAGCUGUCUGAAGUGUGUAAACACGAUGAACAUGUCUUUUUGAAGACCCACUUAGCACAUUGUUGCCUGAAGAUGAAUGGUACAUUGUUGCUUCUUCAGUAGCCACACUUGGGUCACCAAAUCUGAUGAGAGCGGUGUUAAUUAGUCAUCCCUUUGACAGAGAGAACCUGAACACCCAAGAUAUGAAAUCUUUCCAGGAUUACAAUUUUUAUUUGUGGUGAUGCACCUGAAGUAUUUUUGACUGCAGAGUCCCUGAUUUUUUCUUAGUUGCUUUGGGGGUCACAAGAUUUGGUGGCUGCUAUCAAAUAUCGUGACCCCUCCGCUGAAGGUUGAUGGUGCAACCCAGUCAUGAAAUCUUUCUAAUAUCAUGUACAAAGAUGACAAGUCACCUGAAGUUUUUUUCAUUGCAGAGUCCCUGAUUUUUCCCCAGUUUCUUUCGGGUCACAAGAUUUGGCGGCUGCAAUUCAGUGUACGAGCAGUACCCUUAGUCCGUUCUUACGUAAGGCUUUUCCUGCCAUAUAACCUACAGUAUUAAAAAUUUGGCUUAAAUACUGUACAAUGGUACGCAAUACUUUGUGACGCUCGUCUAAAUAUUGCCUAACUUCUGCAAUUCGUCGGCUCGAGGUACAGUAUAAUAUGUAAUUAAUUCUGUUAUUACGUUAUAUUAUGUAUCGUAUUAUUUUUCCGACUUUCAAAUUCCUAACUUGAGGAUUGCCUGUGUAAUGCAUUAUGCAGGCUGCCGAUACCGUAAUCUAUCCGUGUACGCGAAUACCCAUGAAUGUAUGUAUCACUUUCGCCUGUUGACCAAAAGUUAAGCGAACACUAGAUUGACAGCCCCGGUAUAAUUUCAAAUCUUGUCAUAUAAAAUCCUGAAAAAUGUAAAGUAAACAGAUUUUGGAGCAACAUAUGCUGCUUUCAAAACGACAUCUUUUUAUAUAUUAGACAUUAUUAUAAAUACUAUAGUAAAUAUAAAUAUUAAAACAUUAAGUACACUAUAGCCCUAAACAUUUUCCCAUUGAUUGCUGAUUUCAAUCGAAUGCAGCACUGUUUAGCCUGUGGGGGGGGGAGGUGACAUGAUCCGAAAAUACGGGGGAAAUUGCGUCCCGUACUAGCUCAAAAAGGAACACCGCGUUUUAUUUGUUUAUUACGGGACGAUCCUGUAUUAUGCAGAAAGGGUGUGAACUCUAAUCCUCAUAUUUCUCCAAAGACAUAAUUACACGACCGCACGGAAAAAACGAAUAUUCACAGCUGGGUCUACAUAGAUAGGAUAAGCUACAAUUAACCAGAACUGUAAUUGACAAUCAAAUUUUUACAGAGAACGCAUGCCUCUCAUUUAGAACGUGGGUUCCCAAAUUUUAACGUUGGCGCGCACAUGGCUAUUCACGCAAGAAAACGUCGCUUUGAUAAUACAGCCACCCAUCCAUUAACUACACCCGUUUGUCCUAUGCAGGGUCGAUGGGGUCCGGAGAUUAUAACUGAAGGUACGGGCGCAAGGCAAGGAGUAAGCCAGGGUGGGGUGUCAACUCAUGCAGGGCACACUCACAUAUUUAAACUAGGUAUGGGCGAUUAGGGCAAGCCGUCUUAACAUUUAAACACACGCCUUUCCUAUGUGCAACUGUAUUUUAGAUUUCCAGAAUUCCGUUUCUCCUAGUAAGAAUAGUAUUUUUGCUAGUCAUCACUCAUCAGGGAGAUCCAAAAGUCUAUUCUUACUAGUAAAAGCUGUAUUUGAAAGUAUCUACAACUUCCUAACGACACAUAGAAUUUACUCUCCUAGUAAAAAAAAAAAUAUUAUAUUUUUAUAUUUCUUCAAAUCUUUAAAAAAAUAAGUGGCCUUUUUAACAUUAAGUAAGUAAGCGGAUAGUAAUUUUAGAUAUCUGCAUUGUAGUAGUACAAGUACAACAUACAAAGCCAUACUGGCAUUUCAGAUAUCUCUCAUUCAGUUCUUACCAGUACACACGAGCAUUUAAGACAUCCUCAAUUCACUUCUAACUAGUAGGAAUGACGUCAGAAUGCACCGAAUUUAAUUGGGUUUCUAUAUGGCAAAUUGCGCAGAUAAUUUUCAAAUAAUUGGGCCGACUGAGUGAGGAAAAACGGGUUCGAAGCAAGCGCACAUGACUUAAUUAGAAGCAGCUUUACCUGCCUGCAUGGAAUUGAUCUUGAGCAGUAAGUCACUGUGCCCUUUGCUUGCAUAUCUAUAAAGUUGUGACUUUUUACUGUGCAAUCUGCACAGCAUCGGAGAGGCUGCCGCCCAUCCCACUUCUAUAAAUACCUUCCUGAGACUCUGGACUCUGAACCUGUAGGGGUGGGGAUGCCUGGGCACCUGCCCUUGCUGCCCGAACCAUUUACAGUAUAUAUAUAUAAAAAACAGCACUCGGUUUUUUCCUCAAUCAGAACAUUUUUCUUCCACGGGCAUGUUUGUUCGUGUACGGACAGAUUAACGAACCCUGUUCAACCUGAUGUUCCCAUUAAUGGUUUGAAGAAAAAAAAAACUGUGUGAGAACCUUCUAUCGUUACAAAAACGUAUAGAUAAACUAUGAAACGUUGUAUGUGGGGAGUUGUAUACAUAAAACAGAACAUUAAGAUACUUAGAUUCUUUUCUGUUCUAUGUCAGUGAUUUUCAACCGCUGUGCCGCGUCACACUAGAGAUUGUAAGGUGUACCGUGGGAAAUUAUCCAAUUUCACUUAAUUGGUCUAAACUUUUUUGAAAAUGAUCGAAUUAUUAUUUGCAAAUAAUAUGCCAUUGUCGAUUGUCUGUGCUGUAAUAGUGAUGUAUUCUUAACAAACAAAGCUAUUUCAACAUUACUCCCGUUUUCCACAACAUCUGUGUGAGCUGAGCUUUUCAAGCUUGACUCAUACAGUAUAAAAACUAAAAACAGAGAGAGACUGAGAGCUCUUGAGGAAGAGCUUUUGUGUGUCUGUCUUCAAUUCAUGCCGGGAUAUCAGCUUUGUGUUCAUCCAAACAGGCUCAGGUUUCACACUGAGUGAGAAUAAAUAAAUUGAGAGACUAUUUUGUCAUUACUAGGCUACAGAAUGUUAUUUUGUAACAUUUUUGGUUGGUGGUGUGCCGUGGGAUUUUUCCAAUGGAAGAAAAUGGCCGUGGCUCAAAAAAGGUUGAAAUACACGGGUCUAUGUAAUACGUCGCCCCACGUUCAUCACAUAUUAACCGAACGAAGGGGUGUGUCUUCAGUGUGCCAUAUCCACGUGUGAGCGGCAUGUUGUAUGUAAGAAUUCGCCCGAUGCUGGUCAUAUAUGAACUGAACAAAGGCGUGUGACGGCACGCGCGAGCCCCUUGCUCAUCAUGUAUGAACUGAGCAAAGGCGCGUAACACGAUCACAGGGAUAAUCAAGCAGACAAACGGCCUGCUUUUUCUUUACAGGUAAGCAUCUUACCUUCUUUAUUGGUACUCAGCGUCUCUGCAUGCAGUGUAUGAUCACAUGUGUCCACGUGACUGUAAUGAAGCUCUUAACCUGCAGGAGGCGCUAACACCCGUAUCGGCGGCUGAGGUUUAUGAGACUUUUCCAGACCGGGCUAAGUGGCCUAAUUACUGAGUGCUAACGUCAGUAAUUAAAGCUGUCUAUCCGGAGACCACGUUACCGAUAAGUUAGUGAAUCUGUUUAAUUUAAUGUGAGUCGUCGUAAUUUAAUACGAUUAUAACCGUGGGUGUUAAUCAGUAUGGGUAUAAUUUAUACGUUAUUUAUGCCACAUUACUGACGGGCCAUUUUACUGUCACCUGGGUCUAUCUUUAUGGGAAAGCAAAAUAAUACUUAACUAACAGCCUUUAAAUAUUUACUUUAGGUACUUUGUAAUUAUCGCGUCAUGUAGACAGAAAUUAGCAGACUUUAUUUUCUUCGGGAGAUAAACCACAUGUUUUUGAAAAUUUUGUUUUGAUACGUUAUUUUUAGGAGUGAUUGACUAGCUGUGGCUGUCAGCUAAUGAGCUACAUUUAGUUUUUAAAAUGUUUUUUUUUUUUUUUUACAUUAUAAUACUGUAUAUUUCACGUAAACACUACGCGUGUUUCAUAUAGGCCCGCAGCCCGACUAGGCGCAUAGCCAGAAAUACAUUUCACGGGGUCAGAUGUUCGUGUGGUUUUACAAGGUGCCUGACUUGCUAUUGUCUUCAGCUGAAAUACAUUGUGGUUAUACGGUGAGACUUUGGAUUAAGGACAUUCUAUUCCUACGAAGCAGGAUCCAGCUUCCCGACGAAGGCCCGCUUGCGGCAGCCCCAGAUCCCCUUUGGGGACUUUGACGUUGUGCACUGUGUCCUUACUGUGCAAACACUCAUCACCAGCUUCCAAAAACGGGGAACUUCAGCAGGGACAUUCAAAGCCAGGCCAGUGUUCUUCACAGGAGGUCGGAUCCAAUCCAACAUGUCUUCCCAGAAAUCUGCUUCGGACGGCCUAGAAGCUCAAGGCGAGCAGACGGUCUUGGUGAACGGGUCCAGCAAUGGGCAGGAGUCUGGUGACCACGUCCCCAUGAGGCAGUGGGUCAUGCACGGCGCCAUCACGUUUGGGCGGGAAUUCUGCUACGCCAUGGAGACGGCCUUGGUGACGCCAUUACUGCUGCAGAUAGGACUUCCGGAUCAGUUCUACAGCCUGACGUGGUUCCUGAGCCCUGUCCUCGGGCUGAUCAUCACCCCAUUGCUGGGCUCAGCCAGCGAUGGCUGCACCUGCAGAUGGGGUCGCCGAAGACCCUUCAUUUUGGCUCUCUGUUUGGGCAUCUUAGUGGGACUGGCGCUCUUCUUCAAUGGCUCUCUAAUAGGUCUGUCUGUGGGGGACGUGCCAAACCAGCAGUUGACGGGUCUCAUUCUGACGGUGGUAGGAGUCGUGAUACUGGACUUCUGUUUGGAUGGUUCUGACGGGCCGAUUCGGGCCUACCUGCUGGAUGUGGCCGACACGGAGGAGCAGGACAUAGCGCUCAACACCCAUGCCUUCAGCGGCGGCUUGGGAGGAGCCCUGGGUUACAUCAUUGGAGGCAUAGACUGGACCACCACCUUCUGGGCUUUGGCCUUCAAGGCACGAGAGCAGAUCCUCUUCUUCUUCACUGCUGUUUUCUUCACUAUCUCAGUGGUGCUGCAUCUGUUCAGCAUUAAAGAGCGGAUUUGGGGCCAGCAGCCAGAGGACGAGAAGGACAGCAUGUCCCCUGAAGAAGUUCCGCAGCUGGACGUCUUCGCCGGCGAUGAGCCUCACCAGCCCUGUAGGGACGGCUGCUCUGAGCGAGAUGUAGUCAGGCGCCUCAUAAGGAGCAAAAGUGACUCCGCAUUGACCACGGCUGACGCUACUCUGCAUCUAGAUCGUCUAAGUGUCUUCCAUCAAGAGAUUGAACUGUCCAUCUUUCGGGAUCUGAGGUUCUCAGACCAGGGAAUAGGCAGUCACCCUGGAAGUAAUGAAAGCAACCAGGAGAAACUCACUCAGUCCCCCUCACGGCAGGAAUCUCAGGAGAAAGCGAUGGUCAUAAUCGAAGAGCCAAAAGCCAAACCUUCUACAAGAGAUCUUGGUUUGAAACACAGUCCUGGCAGCCAUGCUUUUGUUGGCUUAACCCCCAGCCAUCCCAUGAGGCCUCUUUGCCACACGCUGUACAGGCAGACCUCCUUCACGCUCUCCUGCCACUGCAGGGCGGGCGGCAACAUCCGGCAUGGGCGAGCGGGCAUGCCGGUCAAGCUGUCCCGUAGUGUGAAUGAUAUCUGCGAGCCGAGGAGUCGCCCUCGACUCUGGUCGGGACGCCGCACUUUGAGCUCCGCCUCCAGCGCUGAAAGUGAGGAGCAGGAGGAACCUGAGACCAGCGUGCGUCUGAUCUGGCUCUCGAUGCUCACGAUGCCCUCAGCGCUGCGCCGCCUCUGCCUCUGCCAUCUGCUCACCUGGUUCUCCUUAACCGCUCAGGUCGUCUUCUACACGGACUUCAUGGGUCAAGUUGUCUACGAUGGAGAUCCUUCGGCUACUGCAAACUCAACAGCCCUACUGGACUACCGCCAAGGUGUCCAGAAGGGUUGCUGGGGACUGGCCAUCUAUGCUGCUACAGCUGCCGUUUGCUCAGCCUUGCUCCAAAAGUUCUUGGACCUCUUUGACCUCAGCAUCAAGAUCAUCUACAUUCUGGGCACGCUGGGAUUCUCCAUCGGCACGGCCACAAUGGCCAUUUUCCCAAAUGUUUAUGUAUCUAUGACGAUGAUAUCUACCAUGGGCAUUUUAUCCAUGAGCAUGUCUUACAGCCCCUACGCUCUGCUAGGCCAAUACCAUGAACUCAGUGAGUACCUCCGUCACAGUCCUGGGAAGUCCAAGCGAGGUUUUGGCAUCGACUGUGCUAUCCUGACCUGUCAAGUGUAUGUGGCACAGAUUCUGGUGGCCUCAGCACUUGGCUUUGUGGUGGAUGCCAUCGACAGCGUGAGGGUCAUUCCCAUAGUGGCGUCAGGAGCCUCCUUCCUGGCCUUCCUCACUUCCACCUUCCUGGUUAUCUACCCAGACAUGGAUGAAGAGCCGGUGGAGGCCCUGGCUCCACGAGAGGCAAAUAUUAGACAGCGUGUGGAUGUGCCUCCCCGGAUCCCUGAAACACAGGAUGUGUAGCACUGUUUGUCACAUUCCUGACUGGCUACAGGGAAGAUGACAUGGUCAUGGUUCUGCUCAUAGGAUAUACAGCCUUAUUUGAGAGAUUCUUUGUGAAGCACAUCCCAGCUCUUACGUAGGAAACUGACCCAUUUCAUUGUAGAUCACUGUGACUUUGGUCAUGAUAUAACAUAACGUAUCUCUGAUCAGGGCAGAAGUGAAUAGUUCAGGUCCAGAAAGUAAAAAUUCAGUUUUAUUUCAACUGAGCACUUGAGUAUAAUGAGUCACAGCCACAGACAGCGUUGGGUAAUUCAGGUCCAGAGAGUACAAGUCUCGACCAGGAUUUUGUUUCAAACAACCAGUUGAGUAUAAACAGUCACGGAGUAUUCAACUGGUUGGUUGAAACAAAAUCCUGGUCGAGACUUGUACUCUCUGGACCUGAAUUACCCAAUUCUGGUCACAGAGUAUCAAACUAAUUGGUCAAAAGAAAAUCUUGGUCUGGAUUUUUACUUUCUGGGCCUGAACACUCCACCUCUGGAGCAGGGACAUCUUUGUCAAUGGUCAUCAGGGGUCUCAUAUCCACAAAGCAGGCGUCAUUUAGGAUGACCACUUCUAAACCCUUAACUUCUGUACUGUCUACCUGGGUAAGUUCAGAGUCCUCAUCACCAUGCUGGGAUAUGACUCCUCUGUCAGAUUCCUUCUAGAAUGUUCCGUGGUAUUUCUGGGAAGCAUUAUUAUUAUUUGGUGUUGAUGUUACACUGCUGGCAGCAAAAACACGUCACCAUCUGCACAUCGUGCCACCGCUGUAAACCUGCCUUAUCAAGAAGUAAAAUUGAGACUUACAA